AUGAAAAUACCCGAAAUUAUUUCAAUUUUGAUAAUUGCCAGUAUAGCACUAGCAAAAUCAGCUCUACUAUCUAAAUACGAUAGUUUAGCCCAAAAUCAAGCUGGUGUUGUUAAAUUGGACGAUUUGAGCUACAACGAGCUUAUAAGGACGCCUGAGAGGGACUUUGGUGUGGCAGUUGUGUUAACGGCGAUGGAUGAGCGUAUGAAAUGCACUCCUUGUCAUAAGUUCGCGCCGGAAUUCCAUUUACUCGCUAAACAAGCUAAAGGGAGAAGAUCAACCAAUAAGAACUCAAUCGUAUUUGCAAGUCUCGAUUUCAUGGACGGUCAGCGCACUUUUAACGAUCUAGGCUUGAAUACCGCGCCUUCUCUCUUCUAUCAUCCACCACAUCAGCUCAAUGGACAUCUGUACGACUUUAACAGGAAUGGUUUCCUCGCUGAACGUUUAGUUGCCUUCUUAAACACUCACUCUCCCACUAAAUUCGCUUUCAAACGCCCUGUCGACCACACAAGCACGGUUAUUGCCCUUGUCCUCCUUACAAUCCUCGCAGUAUUCGCAAAGAAGAACUGGAAUACCUUGACUAAACCUUUCAUCUUCUCCAAAUGGUCCUGGUGUAUGCUCACUCUCAUCAUCAUCCUCACUAUGACUUCUGGUUACAUGUGGAAUCAGAUACGCAAACCUCCACAGAUGGUGAUGACUAAGAAUGGCGCUCAGUACUUUGCAAAUGGAGUCACCAACCAGUAUAGAGCAGAGACUGUUAUAAUUGGCACUAUUUAUGCUCUUCUAGCCAGCACUAUCGUCAUUCUCACCAUUUCUGUUCCCAAAAUACAAAACACUGGCAGACAAAGAGCUGCUGCAUACUUAUGGACACUAAUACUCAUUGUCACAUUCAGUGUGCUCGUUUAUAUAUUCAAAAUGAAGCAGCCCAUCUAUCCAUUCAGGUUGUUUGUGUAG